UACUUAAUAUCACCUUCAAAGUCUUGCUUUCAUGUCUGCGAAUGAGUUUAGGAAUGGACGACCAUAAACAAUUUUGACCAAUUUCCCCAUUUCUUCCCUUUCCCACACUAACACGAUUCCCAUUUUUACUUUGAUUUUCUGUGGACUUUUAAACGCAGGUUUUCUGGUUGCGAGGCACGGUGGACUUGGGCAUCUCCGGCGGCGGAUUCUGGCCGUGGAGGACAGUUCGAUGCAUUAGAGUUGCAUCAUUAUGGAGGGGAUGGAAGAGGAAGCCGAUCUUAUUUCACUGCCUUCCCCUUCUCCAGUUGUAGCCGUUGCUAUCAGUGGGAAGAAAAACAGUAGAUAUAUAAUUAGGUGGUCGUUGGAAAAGUUUCUACCUGAGGGCAUCAUUAAUUUCAAGCUGCUACAUGUCACACCGAGGAUUACUAGUGUCCCAACUCCAAAUAGCAUAUUCAAGCUGUAUGCCAAUGUUGAUGCAGUGGGGAAUUCAAUUCCAGUUUCACAAGUUCGUGACGAUGUCGCUGCAGCUUAUAGGAAAGAAAUCGGGUGGCAGACGAACGAAAAGCUUCUUCCAUACACGAAGAUGUUUGCUCAAAGAAAGGUUCAACUUGAUGUUGUGACUCUUGAAGCAGAUGAUGUGGCAAAUGCAAUAAUAGAAGAGGUCACGAAGUGUUCAAUUAGCAAGCUUGUUAUAGGAGUUUCAUCACAGGGUUUUUUCUCAUGGAAACUAAAUGGUCUAUCCUCAAGAAUAUCAGCACUUGCACCUAGACAUUGUACAGUCUAUGCUAUUUCAAAAGGACAAUUAGCCUCAAUACGGCAGCCUGAUAUGGAGACAAACGUGAGCAUUAAAGAUGAUGCGAGUGAAUCAAGUUCUGCAAAUAGCUACUUGAGCUAUUCAUCCAGCUCAGUUACUGAUAGCAAUUCGAGCUUAACUACGCCCUACUCUGAUUUCCCUUCUUCUUCCCCGUCCCUACCAUUACAACGAUUUCAAGCUCUUUCAACCAUCAACCAGACUCUUCUUACGACGAAAUCAAGCCCCAUUAAAGCUGAUCAUUCUAGAUGUCAAUCUGUUGAUAUUGAGGAUCAGGUGGAUGGUGUUCGUUCUUCUUCCUAUGUUUCAGAUUGUGCACGAACAUUGAGUCGAGACUCUAGCUGUAAAAGUUUGCCUACAGAUGGCCAAUCUUGGAUUGAUGAAGCUUCGUCCUCAGGCGUGUUCAGUGAUCACGUUUCAUGUGAAAGUCAGACGGAUGUCAACUUUGAGCUUGAAAAGUUGAGAAUCAAACUAAGACAUGCGAGAGGAAUGUACGCAAUUGCUCAACGAGAGACGAUCGAUGCCUCUCGAAAGCUGAACCAUCUAAAUAAACAACGAUUGGAGGAUGCUAGGAAGCUCGACGAGAUCAAGAACAGAGAGGUGGCUGCCAAAGAAUUUGCAAGGGAAGAGAGAACGAAGCGUGAAGCUUUAAGAAGAGAAGCGAAGUACGUAAAAGAACGUGCCGAAAGAGAGGGCAUCUACAGGAAGGAAGCAGAGACAAAAGCUCUUCAAGAUGUCAAAGAGAAAGGAAAGCAUGAGAAUGCUCUUGAAGGACCUCUGCAGCAAUACCAACAUUUUCAGUGGGAAGAUAUUGUUUCUGCAACAUCAUCUUUCUCAGAGGAUCUUAAGCUUGGAAUGGGAGCACAUGGAACAGUUUAUAAGUGCAGUUUACAUCAUACAACUGUAGCAGUAAAGGUUCUUCAUUCUAGAGAUGAUCACAAAAAGACCCAAUUUCUUCAGGAGCUUGAAAUCUUGAGCAAAAUCCAUCAUCCUCAUCUACUACUCCUCCUCGGUGCAUGUCCGGAUAUGAACUGUCUGGUUUAUGAGUACAUGGAAAAUGGUAGCUUGGAGGAUAGGUUAUACUGCAGAGGCAAUACACCUGCAAUUCCAUGGUAUGAGAGAUUCCGAAUAGCUUGGGAAAUAGCCUCGGCUCUCGUCUUUCUUCACAGCUCGAAACCAAAACCGAUAAUCCACCGUGAUCUUAAGCCAGCAAACAUAUUACUCGACCGAAACCUCGUGAGCAAAAUCGGCGACGUCGGUCUAUCUACCGUGUUUAACUCGGACCCAUUAAUGUCUACUGCAUUCAAUAACAGUGGACCUGUUGGGACUCUCUGUUACAUUGAUCCCGAGUACCAACGAAGCGGAUUAAUCUCGCUGAAGUCGGAUGUGUAUGCUUUUGGAAUGGUGAUCUUGCAGUUACUAACUGCAAAACCAGCAGUAGCACUAACCCAUGUGGUGGAAACAGCCAUUGAUAACUGCAGUUUAGAUAAGGUUCUGGAUAUAGAGGCUGGACAUUGGCCGGUGGAAGAAACAUAUGAACUAGCAAGAUUAGGACUUCACUGUGCAGAGAUGCAACGUAAAGAUAGGCCUGACUUGAAGGAUCAUGUGCUUCCCUUGUUGCUGACACUGAAAAACGUUGCUGAUGAGGCUCGAAGUUUGGCCUCGAAAGUUCCAGCUCCGAUUCCUAAUCAUUUCAUCUGUCCAAUUCUACAGGAUGUGAUGAAUGAUCCGUGUGUAGCUGCAGAUGGGUACACGUACGAUCGUUGGGCGAUCGAGAAGUGGCUACAAGAGAACGAUAACUCACCGAUCACGAAGUUGCCAUUGCCAGAUAAGAAUUUGAUACCAAAUUUCAGUCUUCUCUCUGCAAUUGUUGAGUGGAACUCCAGAAAAAACUGAUACUCACAGCCAUUUAUAAGAUAAAUUAAUUACAAGACAAAA